AUGAAGCAGCCACCCUCCAGCUCCACAGCCCCUCUUACUGGCACGCACACCUCCUAUGCGGAGGCUGCCAAGAGGGUCAGAGUGGCGGUGUUACCUGCGGAGUUCCCACAGGUGCACUUGAGCCACGAUGAACUUUCCGAGUUGGAGGAGGCCAUCAUGGACGACAUAAUCACGUCGGCAUGGGACACGGCAGUUGCAUUUAGGGGCAUCCACUUCAGGGGCGUGCCCCUAGAAACCAAGGUGGGAGAAGAUAUCCCCGCGGCAUAUAACGUCACGGUCUUCUGCCCCAGAAGCGCGGAAAGAAAGAAUGAGGAACUCCUCAUGUUGCUCGGGCGCCAGAACAGGCUGGAGACGGACGCCUGGAGAGUGGUCUCCCGGAGGAACGAUGGAGGCGGAGCACUCCUUGUCAUCGGGAUCGACCAGCUCACCCGAGACGAGAUCGUAGCUAGAGGGCAUCAGCUCAACUUUAGGUUCGGUACCGUCUCGGUGAGUGGGCUGAGAAAGGCAGCAAAGGUGGCCGCAACGGAAGAAGCGCCCUCUGGUCCCCCAGAUGGCAAAGUGGAGGUCGAGGAAUCCCUCGACGAGCCACAGGAGCCUAUGGGCACAGAGGAGGACCCUAGCGCCGUUACAGUUGAGAGGAAUGAGGAUAAGGAGCAUCCUACGCCCUCCGACAGUAACGACGAUAUGGAGGCCGACGUCACUCUGACGGAUGGUAGUGAAGGGGAACACCCGCCCCCUUCACCAAAGAUGGAGCAUCCGCUCCAAUGA